CGACCGUACGAGAUCGCUAGACAUUCCGAACAACGCCAGUCGGCGGUAUUUCACGGUCUGGUGCGUCGUCAAAGAUGACGAUGAUAAGGAUCAAGACACACACGGUAUUCUCACUGCCGCUCCUUCGCCAUACAGCCCAGAUCAGUCCCCGUUCUGCAACGUCACAAUCGACCAUGUGUUCGCCAGUACUCCGUGGCUCACCAACACGGAGUCCUUGGUUUGGCUGAAGAAGACCUUCGGCGGGCUUUUUGCGCCCCAUGAGACGGAAGGCACCGCAGACAUCCAUCAAUCGCUGCUGACGGGCCUCUUCGCCUAUUCAGCCAGACCUACAAACAAAUCCAUACUCUUAACCUGGAAGGCAGUCAGAGACUUGCUCUAUGUAAACUCGCUUCACACCUGCCCUGAGAUCAACCUCAACCUGCAGUCGGACAACCUCAUCAUUGUACUUUUAGACACCAGCUUCAGUUUGAAGAGGGCAGUCCACAGCCGCUACAAUGACCUCAAGAGCUAUAUAGUUAUUCCUGACGCCACCCGCAGCACCCUUAUUUACCUAAGUAAGGAUGAGGCCUAUGCUGAUAGCAACAAGUUAGACGAUAUCCGCGCUCUCAAUCGUGUCGCCAAGCUCUAG